UAGACUGACAGAUCCAUAGGGGGAACUUGGUCACACGACCGGACCGCCCGGGCUUCCAAUAUGUUUUCUCCACUGCUUGCUGCGUUUGGCACCCUGAGCGCAUCGGAUACGUUGUUUGGUUUAAUUCUAAAGAUCGUCGCUCUUUAUUUGUCUCUCUCUUGCGUUGCGCAUCAAUGUAGCUGCCCAGUGGGUCAUCGGGGAAAGUUCGGCGACCGGCUGAAAGCUGAACCCGCCAGAAAGCACGGAGAAACUGACUGCAGCUUUACCUGAAGAGAAGGAAAUGGAGAACCCGGCUAAGUAUCUCUCUGCGGUUCAGGGCAUCGACUCCAUCCCGGCGCCCAUCGGAGAGAUCAUGUGGAACAGUACUGAAACGGAGGCGACGGCCGACGGAGGGAAGGACAUGGUGGUGCGGACGGUGACGGGCUGCCUGCUGUCCCUGCUCAUCCUGUGGACUCUGUUGGGUAACAUCUUGGUGUGCUCUGCGGUGCUGCGCUUUCGGCACCUGCGGAGCAAAGUCACCAAUAUCUUCAUAGUCUCUCUAGCUCUGUCGGAUUUAUUCGUGGCUGUGCUGGUGAUGCCUUGGAAAGCUGUGGCAGAGGUGGCAGGCUACUGGCCCUUUGGCACUUUUUGCAACGUCUGGGUCGCUUUUGACAUAAUGUGCUCCACCGCAUCAAUCCUCAACCUCUGCAUCAUCAGCGUGGAUAGGUACUGGGCAAUCUCCAGCCCCUUUCGCUACGAGAGAAAAAUGACCCAGCGAGUCGCCUUUGUGAUGAUCAGCAUCACCUGGACGCUGUCUGUACUCAUUUCAUUCAUACCGGUCCAGCUGAACUGGCAUAAAGCCACUGCUGACGCGUCAGCCGGAGCGCACAACUCCUCCAUAACUCUGCAACUGGAGGAAAACUGCGACUCCAGCCUGAGCAGAGAAUACGCGAUCUCCUCUUCUCUCAUAAGUUUCUAUAUUCCCGUGGCGAUCAUGAUUGUAACAUACACCAGGAUAUAUCGAAUUGCUCAGAUCCAGAUCAGACGGAUAGCUUCCCUGGAAAGAGCUGCGGAACACGCGCAAAGCUGCAGGACCAACAGAAUAGAGUGCCAACAUCAUAACACGCUGAAAACUUCAAUUAAACGGGAAACCAAAGUGUUUAAAACUCUCUCCAUAAUCAUGGGCGUAUUUGUGUGCUGUUGGUUACCCUUCUUCAUAUUAAACUGUAUGGUCCCGUUCUGCAACAGGCCGGCUGCGGACCGGGACGCGGGCCUGCCGUGCGUCAGCGAGACGACCUUUGACGUUUUCGUGUGGUUCGGCUGGGCCAACUCUUCCCUCAACCCCAUCAUCUACGCCUUUAAUAAUGAGUUCAGGAAGGCCUUCGCCAGCCUGCUGGGCUGUCGCUACUUCUGCUCCAGCACACCCGUAGAGACCGUGAACAUCAGCAACGAACUGGUCUCCUAUAACCAGGACACGAUCCUCCACAAAGAGAUCGCCAACGCAUACGUCAACAUGAUCCCAAACGUGGUUGAAUGUAUUGAGCAUGAAGAGACCUUCGACAGGAUCUCACAGUUUUCUCACAACAACGAAAAUGCCACUGACUCUGUGUGCGACUUGGAGGACUGUGAGGCGGACAUCAGUCUGGACAGGUUGUCUCCAUUCACCCCUAACGGAUUACACUGACUCCACCGGGUGCGUCACUGGGUGUAGCAAUGAUCCUCAGAGCCGACCCAAAGUUGUACAGGGCCAUGGGCAUAAUUUGAUAGAGAGGCCUCCUUCUAGCUGAGCUCAGUGUCCAUCACCAAAGCACCGCAUCUUUGUUAUAUUGUCCGUUCUCUAUCAUAUUUGCAUUUUGCACCCUAUUGCAAUGAUUGUAAAGCGAACAAGUUAUCUGCAACAAACAAUCUUAAAAAUUCUAUAAAGGGAUAGUUUGUAUUUGAUUUUGCGGUUACUCUUUACAUUAAAAACGGAUUACAUUUAAAUGGAUAGUUAGAGCAGGGCCAAGAGUAUCAUAGGACUUUACUAUGAACUAUAAACCUUCAAACUUUGCUAAUGUUUGCUUUAAAUGGUUAUUAAGGCAAAUUUCACUAGAAAAUUUCUGUUAUUUGUUGCUCUUUAUGUGAAUCACAUUCCAGAACAGAUUUUGCACAGCCCGUAUGGUCAUAGUGACUUAAGUGCCUUGCAAAAGUCCUCAAACCCUUAAGUUUUUGUUUAAUUUUCUCUUGUUAAAGACAUACAUGCAUUUUAUUUAUUUCUUAUUUAAUUGACCAACACAAAACUAAAAAAAAAAAAAAAAUCAUGCAGAAGACACCUAUAUAAUAAAAAUAAUCCUUUUAUUUGUAAUUUAAUAUCUGUAUAAAUUCUGGUUUUCUGUGAAGGCUUUAAAUGUUUUUUAGAGAACACUACUAAAUAGGCCCCAAUAUGGAGCAAAUAAGCUAAACUGUCUAAGAAGGUAUACUUUUGUGGUAAAGUAGGGUUUGAUUUCAAAAAAUUGGCUCAAGAUUUAGAAAAGGUAUGGUAGAGCUGCACACCCACCUAAAUAAGGAAUCUGCAACUAGUUGCUUUGGUGCCACAUGAUUUUCAAUCUAUACAGUGGUUCUAAAUAAGCUUUACCCAAGAUUUUACAGAAAUAAGUAGUAAGGUUUU